CUUACUUCUGACAUCAUUUCCUGAGUGCUAUAUUCACCGAGCUCUGUAGCCAGAUCGUCUUCUCAGCAUAUGGUGCAAGGAGGUCUUUAAAAUGGAUUUCAGCUCUCCUUUUACUCUGCAGUGCUUGCUGGUGAUAAUAACUGUUACUCAUGGCUCUAUCACCUGGACCAGUGUGCUCAGUGGCAGCUCAGCAGUCUUCUCUGUGGGAAUUCAGAGCCUGCAGAACCUCUCCAGUAUGAGCAAGAGGGACAUGAGAUGCUUGACAAGUGUCUCGAGUGAUACUUUGCUGGCUAAGUGUGGCACUUCUGCCCCCAGAUGCCUGAACUUCUGGAAUGGCUCUCUAGUGCUGAAGACUGUGGAGAAAGAGGACGAAGGAAAAUAUGAGUUUGUUUUUCACAACACCACCAGAGUUUUUACAGUGCAAGUAUUUGAGCCAGCCAUUGGUAUCCAGUGCUUUCCUAAUGGGACUGGAGAGUUGUCUUGCAACGUGAACAGCAACGAGAGCGCCAGCUUUCGGUGGCUGCUGAAUGGCACCGUGAUGAGUGCCCCUGAGGCUUGUGUUAAGGAUGGCGGGAAGAAGGUUCGCCUGGACAAAACCGGUCCUGGGGAGUUUGUAUGUGAGGUUUACCAUGGGAACAGUGUCACCAGGACCAGGCCUGUUUUGCUCUCUUGUAGCUAUGGAGACCUGCUGCAGUAUCCGUGGUUCAUCUACAUCCUUGCAGGGUGUGCAGGGGGUGCAGUUAUCAUGGUGGUGCUUGUAUCCUCAGUCAUAUGUUGCUGCAUGAAAAGGAAACACAAGUUCAUCCCAGUGCCUUCAGAGGAGGAGAAAGAUGACAGACUAACAAUGUCCAUGAUCUCCAGUGAAAGUGUGAAGAGCCCCCCCAGUGGAGACCAAGUUGAGGCUCAAGCUGCCCAAAUUGACUAUCCUCCAAAGCCUGAUGCUGCCCAGACUGAUCAAGAUGUUGAGCCUCAGCCACUUGUGGAAGAAAACUUGGCAGUGGAGGUGGAGGCUGAGGAAAUGCCAGACCCAGAGGUCAUAGUUGAUGUGGAAAGCCAGGAAAAUCCCUCAGACUGUUUCCCAGAUCCAACCGAUGACUGAUCUGGCAUGCUUGCUGUUCUACCCUGCCUUGAAGCCUACAACACCCAUCCUUUGCGUCCCAUAGUCCCACUAUGUGUAAGAAUUAGUCCAGGAAAUUUUGGCAGGGGAAAGGCAUGAGGUGUCAGGCCUGCUAACUUCAUUUAAAAAGAUAAAUACGUAUACAAGGAAAAGCAGAUUCUUGGCUUGAAGGCCACACUGCUGUGGGCUGCCAAGUUCUCUAACAAACAAAACUGGGCAGCUCGUUGAUGCUUUGCCUCUUAAUAGACCUGCAGCUAAACUGUGGAGCCCUAGAGGACAGCCUGAAAUAAGACGGGCAGCUCCUCUGCUUCCUGCCACCUUAUGCCUUGCCAUGUCUCUCACAGCCAGCAGCUCCUGCAAGGGGCAGGCAUGGCAGGCAGGUUGGGAUGGCCUUCCAGUCCCAGACAGAAACAAGAACUUGCCCGAGAUUUCCUGAGAAAGCCCCCUCCUUCAGAGAUUUCAAGGCAUUUUUCACAGGCCCUCAGAAAAAAGCUCAAUGGA